UUUGACUCGUCAUUACCUCCUGCUGUAAAGGAGCCGCAGUAAACAAAUCAUGACCAAAGCUAUUUCGUUGUGUGAAACCAUGGACGUGGGGAUAUAAGUUCGUGGUGAAACAAAAUGUUGGCAUUUCCAAAAUUUACUUUAAGAAUAGUUAUCCAGAAUUGCUUCAUUUUAUGGUUGUCUUUGAUGUAUGUAAAUCCACAGACAGAAGACCCCAUCAAGAGAAAGUGUGAUGAUUUAAUGCUGGGACAAUAUUUGUGCAAUGAGCCAGAAAUAGAUCCAGAUACUCAACAAGCCCGUGGAUGUGAUGAAACCAGACGUACCAAAGUGACAUGUGAGUUAGCACCAAAUGUAACAUGUGCAGGAGCAUUCAAUGGAACAUUCCAAAAAAGUGUUGCAUGCAAGUGGACAAAUGGACAUUCUUUUGAAAAAGCCCUGCUCUUGUCAGUAUUCUUGGGGAUGUUUGGCAUCGACAGAUUUUAUCUUGGAUACCCAGCAAUCGGUCUGGUCAAGUUUGCAACGCUGGGAUUUCUGUUCCUUGGGCAGCUUGUGGAUAUUUUGCUAAUUGCAACCCAGGUGGUGAAACCCUCAGAUGGGUCAGAAUAUGUGAUCGACUAUUACGGUGCUUCUACUCAACGUAUUAUUCGCAACAACCUAACAUACCUUAGUCCUCCAGACUAUAGCUGACACCAUUACUUAUUUUCAUCCAAGAGUGAUUGUCAACAGUGUGUCAUCUUUUCUUUUAUAGUCCCAUGUGUGGUUCAUGCUUCAAAACUAUUUAUCUUCAUGUAUAAAGUUAUGUUUCUGACAGAAACUUAUUAGGCUGUUGCCGUGUCAUUUGUGGAGCAGAAAAUGUGUUGAGGGUAGAGAGCAGGAGGUGGAAGCGUUAAAAGCUGAAUUUUUUGUUUCUGUGAAAGAUUCUUUUUUUAGUGGUAACAGCAUACUCAUAAAUAAAAAAAUUUCCCAGUGAAA